AGAGUUUAGUGGUGACGGGGAGUGAUUAGAUGUUUGAAAACUUUAUACGCUGUAGUUUGGAGGGGUGCUAGGCAGCCAGAGAAUAGAUCAAAGCCCCACAAACUGCACAUACACAGAGUACACCACUCCGACAUUUUAAAUUAUUACAUUUUAGUAUAUUUCUCUCCCACCUCCCCCUUCUCGCCUAUUCUUGGAAACUUACAUGAUCAGGAGAGGGAAAUGCUGGAAUAUUUCGAUUUAAGGGGUCAGUUUAAAUGCAUAUAUUAUUUUAUCUUGCGGACCGGCAUGAUGGAGUCCCCAGCCACAGCUCCAGAUUGUCCCAGCUGGGCUCUGUCUCCCAGGGACCCUAUUCCAGCGCCCCGCCGUUGUCUCACACCCCGUCCUCGGAUUUCCAGCCGCCUUACUUCCCACCCCCCUACCAGCCUCUUCCUUACCACCAAAGCCAGGACCCGUACUCCCAUGUCAAUGACCCUUACUCCCUAAACCCCUUGCAUCAACCCCAGCAGCACCCUUGGGGACAAAGGCAGAGGCAAGAGGUGGGAUCAGAAGCCGGCUCACUGCUGCCACAGCCUCGGGCCGCCUUGCCUCAGCUCUCGGGACUGGACCCCAGGCGGGACUACCACUCAGUGAGGCGGCCUGAUGUUCUCCUUCACUCGGCACACCAUGGCCUGGAUUCCGGCAUGGGAGACAGCCUUUCUCUGCAUGGCAUCGGACACCCAGGAAUGGAGGACGUGCAGUCAGUUGAAGAUGCCAAUAACAGCGGUAUGAACUUAUUGGACCAGUCUGUCAUUAAAAAAGUUCCGGUUCCUCCCAAAUCUGUUACUUCUCUGAUGAUGAAUAAAGAUGGCUUCCUGGGUGGAAUGUCAGUCAAUACCGGAGAGGUGUUUUGCUCAGUACCUGGCCGCUUGUCCUUGCUCAGUUCCACUUCGAAGUAUAAAGUAACUGUGGGAGAAGUUCAAAGACGCCUCUCGCCUCCAGAGUGUCUGAAUGCAUCCCUCCUAGGAGGAGUACUUAGAAGAGCCAAAUCGAAAAAUGGGGGGAGAUCGUUGAGAGAGAGGCUAGAAAAAAUCGGUUUGAAUUUACCAGCCGGCAGGCGUAAGGCCGCAAAUGUCACUUUACUCACCUCCCUGGUGGAAGGUGAAGCUGUUCACUUAGCUCGGGAUUUUGGAUACAUCUGUGAAACGGAGUUUCCAGCCAAAGCUGUUUCCGAGUACCUGAACAGACAGCACACGGACCCCAGCGAUCUCCACUCCAGGAAGAACAUGCUGCUGGCUACAAAGCAACUUUGUAAAGAAUUCACGGAUCUCUUGGCCCAGGACAGGACGCCCAUUGGCAACAGCAGGCCCAGCCCUAUUUUGGAACCAGGCAUUCAGAGCUGCUUGACUCACUUCAGCCUCAUCACCCAUGGCUUUGGGGCCCCAGCUAUCUGUGCUGCCCUCACAGCCCUCCAAAACUACCUGACUGAAGCUCUCAAAGGCAUGGACAAGAUGUUCUUGAACAACAACACUGCUAACAGGCACACAUCUGGGGAAGGACCAGGUAGUAAAACUGGAGACAAGGAAGAGAAACACAGAAAAUGAAAAAAGGAGAAAAAAUAAAUAAAUAAAAGAGAGAGAGAGAGAGAGAGAAUCUUUUAAAACAAACAAAACAGUUUUAAUUUUAGCUUUAAAAAUAUUGGAUUGGGAUUUGGAAGAAUUAUAUUAGGUAGGACAAAAUAAUAAUAAUAAAAAGAAAGACAAUAACUUAAGAUCAGAGGCGCACAAUGGAGCAAGAACAGUGGCUCAAUGUCUCUUACACGGAACAUUUGAAGACAACCACCAGGAUUUUUCCACUUCUGUUCUCACCUUUUUUAAAAUGAUUUUUUGAGGGGGGGGGAAUAAAAUAAUAAUAAUAAAAGGAAGAAAUGAAUAACUUAUUGGAAGAAAUCAGAGAAACGCUUUGGUGUCAGUGCUUUGGUUCUUGUUUGGGGCUCAGUUGUACAGUCUAUCUUAUUUUUAAAUCAAACAAUGUCCUGUGUCUACACUAGGGAAAAUAAAACAAAACAAAAUCUUCCAAUAAUAUUAUCUGGGACAUUUCCACUCCUAGCAUCACCACCCCUCACUCCCAACCCUGCCCUCAUUUUAUCUUGCUCCAGAUCUAUCUAGACUAGAAAAUGGGCUGGUUUGGGUAGCAAAGGCUACAAUAUGACUUGCUAAUAGAAUUGUAAAUGUAUUAAACUGUUUCUACAUUAAUUACAGUGUCUACAUUAAUUACAGUACAUUGGGUGUUUCAAGUCAUGUUAGUUCAAUCCAAUUAACUAACUCAAUUUUUAAAAGGCACCCUCUUUUCCUGGUCUAGACAGACCCUCUGUUUAGAUUACCAGUGUUUACAGCUAGAUAUGUAUAAUUUGGUAUUUAGCACUGAUGAUAAAACUGCAGUGGUUCUUAGGGUGCAAAAUUUGAAAAUAAGGUCCAGUAAGAGGUUAAUGUUGUUUAAAACUCCUAAUCUUAUAUUUAAGGUAUCCUAAUUUCCUCUAAAGGGUUUAUAUUCCCAACAAUGCUAAUGUAUCUAUAUUUAAUUUGUUCUAAUAGUGUGGGUGUAUUGAGAGAGAGCUAGCAA